AAGUGGUCCAGGUUCGUCGCUUUUCCAGCUCACAGCAAAGGAAUUCAAUUUCGAUAUCAAUUGUAAUUGGCAUGCAAUCCAUCCUUCGGUUACCCAUAUCGCCGCAAUCAUACACUCGUGUCUCAAAUUGUGCAAGAUUUAAGGUUUCAAGUGACUUUAUGCGAUCACAAUUUUCGGUUUCCAUGAUUUGAGGAUCAUUAUUUUUGUUAGCUUAUGCCCCGGUUGGUGUGAGUGAAGAGAAAAAGAGUUCGGUUACCUGUUGGUGGCAGUACCAACAUAAGCUCAGGAUCGUUGAUCGCUCUUUUACUGGUGGUGUUUGUUCUACCUCACGUGUUUUGUUUAUGCUCUCGGUCUUGCUUAGCUGUCUGCGUGUUGCGUAAGAGAGACGCUGAUCAAAACAUAAAAAACGUGACCGUUUUCCCAGCGUACCAGAACGUGCCCGGCUGUUUACUUGUUUUGUUUACAAAUCGAUCGAGUAGCGAUCUAGUGAAUGACCUAAGGGGAAGCCAUUGUUGCCCUACUGCCGACUAAGGAUAACUUUUGUUUUGAGACCCAUCGACAAGAAAGCCCGGUUGAAUGAAAUACGAAAUCAGCUACCACAGUGACUCUGAGACGAUGGGAAGCCGUGCACAGUCUGUGAUCUGUGACAAGGUACUUGCCGGACUGCCACAACUGCUGGACGAUCUGCAGAAACUCUCCGAGGAUCAGGAUACGGCGGAUGUGGUGUUCAUACUGGGCACCAGUGAGGAACGUAUUUACGCUCAUCGGAUUAUUUUGAUGGCGAGAUGCAAAUCCUUCCAAACACAGAAGCGCGGAGAGAUCUGCCGAAUACCGGGAUGUUCGGUUUUGCCAACCGCCUCCGGAACGCCUACACCGAUUCGGCUGCCACACAUCGAACCGGACAUCUUCCGUCAGUUUAUUCUGUACGUUUAUACGGCAAAGAUCAUGCUACACGAUUCGAAGGUGUUCGAAAUGAUGACCUUGGCCCAGGACCUGGGCGUUGAUGAACUCAAGAUUGCCUGCGAGGAACACGUGAAAACCACCAUGUCGGUAGCUAAUGCGUGCACGUUCCUCGCAGCGGUAAUGGAAAUUCAGGAGAAAGCGUCUGGUGCGAAAUUUGCGGCUUCAUUUUUGGAGAAAUGCAUCACCUACAUUGCCGAGAAUGCGUCGGAAUGUGUCAAGACAAACGCAUUCCUGAAUCUAACGAAGGAGGGUCUCAUCCAGGUCAUAUCCUACGAUAAUCUCGGCCUGGAAGAAGAGGACGUCUGGCGGUGUGUGCUAUCGUGGGCCAAAAAUCAAGCCGGAGUGACACAGCCAACCGCGCACUGGACGGAGGAGGAACGCCAACGUGUAUGUCAACAGCUAGCUCCGGUCAUUUCGCACGUUCGUUUGUUCCUCAUCGACAGUCAGGUGUUUGCCGAGGAAGUUGAACCCACUGGAGCCGUUCCGAUAGAACUUUCCCUGGAACGCUACCGGCGUGCUGCAUUGCAUUCCAACAAACUACCCGCGUCAGCGGUGCCAGUUCCGGCUGGACCACUAUCGGAAAACGACAAGCGUCUACAACCUCGUUUGAUGCUCAACCUGUACCAUGGAUCGACGAUUCUGAAGAAUGACAAAAUUCACAUGCAAGGAACGCUGAACGGCUUCUACGGAGUGCCGAAGCAAACGUGGCGCAUGGUCUAUCGUGCCUCAACGAACGGUUUCUCAGCUGCAGCGUUCCACCGACAUUGCGAUGGAAUUGCACCGUUGUUCAUAAUCGCGUUGGGAACUCAAGGUGCCAUCAGUGGAGGCUUCACAGACGUUGCAUUCGCUAAAACCAACCGCAAAGGCGGCUACAUCCACUCGGAGAAGGCAUUCCUGUUUGCCUUGAACUACAGCAACGAGCCACCAAUGAAGUUCGACAUCAUCAAGAAACCGUACGCGAUAUGCUACCAUCCAGACUGUGGUCCCAUUUUCGGAGCGGGAGCCGAUUUGCUCAUUUCGAACAAUUGCAACGUGAACCUGGAAUCGUAUUCGAACUUUCCCCACUCAUACGACGGCCCGAAUGCCGUGGUUGGAAAUCUGUUCGGGGAAUAUAAUUUCUCGAUUGCGGACUACGAGGUGUUCACUCUUGCUCCAUCGACUGGGCCUUCCGGGAUCAAGAUGAAGCAUGAUCGGUAUCCUUGAAUAAGUAGGAACAUCGAAUAAUU